AUGUACCUGGUUACCAUACUUGGGAAUCUGCUCAUCUUCUUGGCUGUUAGUUCAGAUUCCCAUCUCCAUAUGCCCAUAUACUUCUUCCUUGCCAACCUGUCCUUUGUAGACAUCUGUUUCACCUUCACCACCAUUCCCAAGAUGUUGGUGAAUAUAGAAACACAGAAAAAAGUCAUACCUUAUGGCAGCUGCAUCAUGCAGAUGUUCUUUUUUAUACUUCUUGCAACUUUGGACAACUUCCUCUUGACUGUGAUGGCUUAUGAUCGCUUUGUGGCAAUCUGCCACCCCCUACACUACAUGGCAACAAUGAGCCCUCAGCCUUGUGGACUGCUGGUUCUGGUAUCCUGGAUCAUGAUUGUCUCCUUAUUUUAUUGUACUAGCCUAGGAGUGUACCUUAGCUCUGCUGCUACCCAGAGCUCCCACUCAAGUGCAGUAGCCACGGUGAUGUACACGAUGGUCACACCUAUGCUGAAUCCCUUCAUCUAUAGUUUGAGGAACAAAGAUAUAAAGGAGGCUCUAAAUGUAGUCAUGGGACUUUAUGAUCCUCCUUAA